AUGUUCUUCUUCAACUCCCAACCUUCCCCCUCUCGUCAACCCGGAGGUCAGACUCGGUUCCCAUACCAACCGAUCGAUAUCAUCAUCACCCCCGCCACCCCUCACCUCAACCAAACGCCCGGAGCGUUCGCUUCCUCGUCCUCAUCUUGUUCCGGUUCUCCUAGCUAUACUAUCAGCAACCGAGUGAACUCGGGUUCACCGGCUUAUGGAUCGUCUUCUUCAUCGGAAUGGUCGGGGAGGACGAGUGCGAAUACUUGUGCUAGGGUUUUGCAGUAUGAUAUUCCUACACCUCCCGCUAGCAGUAUCGGUGCUACUGGAGCUGGCAGUUAUGCCCGGGUCGGGCGUGGAGGGAAGUUUUUCGGAUACGAGGAUACGGACGGACCGGAGGAGGACGAGGGGGAAGAGAUCGAGUUGGGCACUAGGAUGGACUCGCCCUUCCUAUAUACCGCGACUACUUCGACCUCGACUUCGACCUCGACCUCGAACCGGACCAAGCUCAACCUCCUCAUCACCCUCCUCGCCCUCUUUCUCGCCUCCCUGGGAGUGAUCAGCGUCAUGAUCCCCGACCUGGUCACCGGCUUGACGGAUCACCGUCAACAUUACGAUCAGGGAGGGGUUCGGAUUCACGAACAGAUCCAGGGGUUACACCCUGUUGAGCAUUCUGAGGGAUUGCACGGGUUGGACUUGAGGUCCGGGAACCUUAAAGUCUGGGAUGAUGGCUUGAGCUUGAGGAGCCUCAGGAGGCGGAGCGGGGUAGAGACCGGCCGAUGGGGAUUCAGUAUGGGUUUCGUCGGGCAGCCUCACGCCGAUGUCGAUGCCCAGCCUGAGAGUUCCGUCAAUGCGGAUGCCGACUCCCAAGAAGUCAAACUCGGUCUCGAACUCGACCUUCCCGCUGGCGUCGCCACCACCCCUGGCCAAGACCGACCUUUCAGGGCUGGUCCCGAAGUAAAGGUCGUCCAGGUGGAACAGGUCCAGAGGAUGUUAUUACAACAGAGUCGGGAGAGGUUGAGGAGGAGGAAGCAGGUCUUGCAGGGAAAGAAGUAG